AUGAGUUCGAAAUUAUUUAAUAUAAAUGAGUUGAACAAAGAUACUAUUUUAUUAAAAACAAAAAAAUUAAAAAAGUUAUGUGAUAAUGAAGGGGAUAUAAACAACAAUCAUAUAAAUGUAUUAAUAGAAAUAUUAGAGUAUUUUUUUGAAAAAUAUGAUGGCUUUUUUUUGUCAUCUAUUGUAUGGGAAGUGGUUGAUAAAAUUAUCAUUUUAGAAAACAUUAUUGAAGAAAAAAAAAAAAUUGAUGUAGAUUUAGACACAUCAAAGAGAUUGUGUGAAUUUAUUUUUAGUAAACUAAUACAUUAUAUAAAUUAUGAAAAUGAAAAUAUGACUUACUUAUUUAGUUUUAAUUGCUUAAGAAGACAUUUAUGCUCAUUAAUAAGUUCAUUUUUAAAUUUUAAUAAUUCAAGAUUUAGAAGAAAAAUUGAAGCAUCAUUUACAAAAGAACUAAUAGAUUUAAUAAAGAAAAUAUUUGAAAAAAUAAAAGUAGAAAAUGAUUUAGAAUUGAAAGUAUCUUAUACUGAAUUUUUAUGGAGAUCAUUUAGGAGAGUUGAUUUAAGUUCAUUCAAUAUGAAAAGUUUUCCUAUAAAUAAAGAGACAAUAGAGAAAUUAAGAAAUUUUAAGAUUUUAAAAUUUGAUGAAGAAUGCAUAGAAUGGUUAAAGGAAGAAAAUUAUAUGGAUAACAAAUGCAUUAUUGAAAGAGGAUCGUUUAUAAUAACUGCUAACAAAAGUUGUGUGACUAAAGAUUUUAUUUUUUGCUACGUUGGGAAAUGUUCUAUAUUUUUAUACUAUGAUAAUGAAGAAGAAAAUGAAAAAUGCAAAAUAGAAAUUCCCUAUUAUCAUGUAACAUCAGCUUACUUUAAAAACAAAACCUUGCUUAUAAUGGAAUGCAAAUCAUUGGUUGAUCAAACAAACAUUUUUUGUCUCUGGGGAGAUGAUAUAAAGAAUUUUAUUGAUUAUGAAAUAAUUAAUAAGUUUACAUUGUCUCUAGAAAUUAAAAAAGGCUCAAAAGAAGUAAAAAAAGAAUUAAAUAACCUAUUAGACAAAAUAAAUAAAAAAGUAAAGUCAGAAGAAAAUAAAAAUGAGAAGAACGUCUCUCAUAUCAGCAAUCAUAAUAGGGAAUACAAAAAUGAAGAUAAAAAUAAAAUAACUAAUACUGAUAAAAAAAACAUAAAGGAACAAUUUGAUGAUCCUUUACUUUUUUCAAAUGAACCAUUCAUGGAUAAGGAAAUAAGUUUUUCAAAAGAAGAUAAAGGAAAUGAUAAAUUGAUUAAUUCUUUCAGCGACAAGCUUUUAAAAAACAACACAAGAAAAAGAAUAGAAACGCUAAAGUAUGAAGAAAAAAAAAAAAAAUACAUGGCAAAUGAGGAUAUAUUAGGAUAUGAAGAAUCAUUAGAAAUAAAAAAUUAUCUAAAGGGAUAUGAAAAUAAAAAUGAUUUUAAAAAGGAGUUGGAAAAUAAUAGUUUGUUAAUCGAUCAUAAGUUGGAUUUAAGCACUCCACAUACAAAAUUAGGGAUUCAUAAUGAGAUAGAUAGAGAUAGUGAUACGGAAAUAAUAAUAGAAAAAAUUAUUUCUUGUCAUAAAGAAAAAAAGGAAAAAUUUAAAAUGAAUUUAAAGAAAAGCUUUUCCGAUGCAUUUAAUGAAAUAGAUAACAAAAUUAAAUUAUUAGUAGAGAAACAAAAAAUCAGAAGAGAAGAAUUAAACAAGAAAUAUGAAAAAAAAAAGAAAAACAUUAUUUUAACUACUGAAAAAGAAUUAAAUGUACUUGCCAAAGAGAUGAAUAUUUUAAUGGAAAGUAUAAAAAAAAUUAAUGUAAAUAAAAAUGAUAUAAAAAAAUUAUAUGAAGAAGGAAAAUCAAUUUUUUCAACAAGUGAAAUAUUAAAUAAGAGCCAAAUACUUGUCAAGAAAAUAAAAGACAAUUUAGAAAAAAUGAAUACAGAUAUAAUGGAAAAAGAAAAAGAAUAUAAUAAAAGAAAAAAAUUAUGUUUUAAAGCUUUAGCUACAGCAUACGAAUAA